AUGGAGGUCAGGAGACAGUCCGGCAAUGGACAUGCCACAUACCAGCGUACCUACAAGGCAUGUCUUGCCUGCCGGCAGCGAAAGGCGAAAUGUGAGUUAGGGACAGGGCCGGAUGGCCUUCCAUUAGGGCCGCCGUGCGCGAAGUGUAGGAGGGAACAAAGGGAAUGUGUCUUCAGUGAGAAAAAGGCAUGGGAGAGACAGAAGAAACGAGGACAAUCGGAAGAACAUAUACCGCUGUCUGCAAGGACACGUCCCAGACUAUCCAGCAAUCCCGGGAUCAGUAGGGACGAGUCACACCACGUUUUAGGCCACGGUCCGAGUCCACUUAGCUAUGCGGAGCAAGACCAGGAUAACGCUGAUAGUACUACACUUCAGUCGUCCCCAGCAGAGGGUAGCCAAAGACGGCGGCAAUCCACCUCUACUCUGGCAAAUUCUAUGAUGCGCACUGUGGUGUCUAGUGGAAAUGAUGCUCUCAAUAUCCUUUUUGAGGCCGCGGCGCCCAUAUCGAGUACGCCGUCGCGAAAUGCGCGAAGCUCUACUGGUCGCUCUAAUAACUAUGACAACUCAUUAAACCAAUCCAUUGUCCCUCCAGAAGUCCUAGCGAAAGCAGCGCAGCCCGUAGAAAUCUCCCAAGCGUCCAAAGAUGUCCUUAGUGUCUGGGGAGCAUGCCGCUUUGUCCGGAUGGGAUGGUUCACUGCGAGAGAGGCUGUCACAUUUAUCGACCUUUUCUUUAAGAAUAUGUCGGACCUGUCCCCGAUAUUAACUGAUUUCUAUGCAGAUCAUAAGAAUCAUCGCUGGCUUGUCUCGCACGAUCCGGUUUUAUGUUGCACUAUCUUGAUGAUCUCCUCUCGUUAUCACCUGUUGCCUGGUGCAGGUGGUGGGUCGAGGAACUUUUUCAUUCACCAUCGGCUUUGGCAGCAUUGUCAGCAACUGGUCAUGCGACUUAUGUUUGGACAGGAGAAAUCUUCGCAGUCUAAGGUUCGAAACAUAGGGACAAUCGAGGCACUCAUGUUAAUGUCAGAAUGGCACCCUCGAUCCCUUCACUUCCCUCCAGAAAGUGAUGGUUGGGACUUCGAUCUCACGUCGGUUCCCCCGGAUCCGCAAGAGCUAGAGGACUCUUCUUCUACAAAUCGAUGGCUGGAGGAUAUGAUCGAGCCAGCACGAAGAUCAGACCAGAUGUCAUGGAUGCUGCUGGGAUCAGCUUUGUCUCUCGCGCACGAAUUGGGUAUUUUCGAGCUUGAUGAAAAGAAACUGGGUUAUGCGUCUGGUUACGAGGGAUUUAUAUCUGGCGAACAGAUCAAACUCCGCAGGCAACGGGUGCAGCGCUUGUUAUACGUAUAUAUCAACCAACUCGCAUGGCGAAUAGGUUGUGUAUCGCUUAUGCCACAAAGCCUAAACCAUGCUAUUCUGGGACGGCGGGCGGCGAAAGAGCUAAACCAAACCGGCGAUGAAUGGCUGACUUUUAUGGAUUCCUGGAUGGAUCUGACAAAGUUGGCAAAAUCGGUUACUGAUAUGUUCUUUCCGACCGUCUCUUUUGCCAGGCAGCAACUGCAUAGUGGGCGGUACAUUGAAUUGCUGGAUCACUUUCGUCCGAUACUGGACAAAUGGAAGGAAGAGCAUCUCCAAGUACGAUCACGCAAGAAACAGUACUUUGAUAUUCUCUUCCUUGAAUAUCAUUUUGUUCGAGUCUAUACGCAUUCCGUCGGAAUGCAAGCAGUGGUGGAACGGGUGCUCGCGGACAGCGAUCCUCACGCGGAAGAGGUCCGCGCACUGAAUAUCGACCCAAUUGACUACGAAUACAUUCAAGAAGUCAUUGAUGGAUGCUGCCAGAUACUACAGAAGGUAAUUCAACUGGCUGAGAAUGGGGUAUUACGAUUCUGCCCCGUCCGGAUAUUCCUCCGUAUCACGAGCUCGUCCAUCUUUCUCAUGAAAGCCCUUAGUUUGGGAACACGCCAAUCAACGCUGCGAGAGUCACUCGAUGUUCUCGAGCGAAGUAUACAAGCGCUAAGGUCGAACGCGUUGGAUGAUAUCCAUUUGAGCACCCGCUAUGCUGCGCUGUUGGACAUGCAUGUCGCGCGUUUGCGGCGGAACUUACUGGCAUCAUCAAAGACAGUCAAGAGUAACCAGGGAACAACAUCAAAACCAUCCAUGGGUGUCCCAUCGAGCACAAAUCAGGGUAACAAUACACCUAUGAUGGAUAUUCCAAUAUCACAAAAUAUGUCUGAUAUGGGGUACAUCCCGUCCCUCAAUGAUAUCGCGGCUGACGAUUGGCUUUCUUUACCAUUCGACCCAUCGAUGGCACCGUUUGGUAUCAGUAGUGCAGGACAAUUCCCUGCAUAUGAAGGAGGAGCUCUGAACUUUAUCUGGAAUUUGCCGUCUUGA